UGUGGAGAAAAAACAGUAAUUAAUAUUUGUUACCAUACUGAUUGAAAAGAAAAUUAAGCAUUGAGGGCAUCAAAAGGAACAUUCGAUUAGGAAAAACUAUCGAUCUCUGUUUAUCCUGCUCAUAUAUUGAAUACGUAUUUUAAUGGCAACAGUUUCCCAUGCUUACCAAUAUCAACAUGCAACCUUUGCAAUGUGAGCAAAUAAUAAUGUUUUUUUUUUAAUAGUUUCAUAUUGGAAUUGUGGCUCACUUUAGAAGGUUCUUAGCCUUCCAAUUUAAAUUUUGCUUAUUUUCACUCCCGUUGACAUGAAGAGUGAUGUCACCUACUUUGGGAAAUACUGGUCCAAGCUCAAGUAGGCUGUGCCGACCGGAUCUUAUGGGAGGGUGGUUUCCUUCUUCCGUUUUGUUCUAGCCAUUCAUCGGUCCUUCUUCGAAGGGAAAAGGGUUGCUUGGAUUCGAGACGGGUUAACAACAGUGAAGGCUCGUUAUCAUCUCGUGGCAUCUUCCGGAGCAAAAGUGAUACGUGUGAAGCAAACAUACAAAUGUGUGAUCAACAAGACAAAUAGUGAGUCAACGGAAGUAGAGGGGCGCUGAAGAACCCUUUUAAAGUUAACAAUGCUGCGGUUGGCGUUUAUCCUCUUGUGGUUUCUGGAGCUUUUGGGUGCUGGAAUGACAUCCAUGUCGGUUUCCUCGUUAGAGAACUUUGAAAAUUUCACUCAUGGUUCGGAGUUUGCGGCGAGGAGCAGGAUUCUGCGAAGUAUAGAUAAGUCCGUCCUGCUGGUGAAUGAAACGAAAGUGUUGAAUAGGAAUUCCAUUAACACGGUUUUCGAGCGUACUCGACCGGCAACGGGGAAGAAACGCCUCCGAGAGGUCUCCAUUCUAGGGCUGUUUGAACUAAGCACCCGGCACGGGAUCAGAAAAGAAGGAUACAGUGAAUUGGCCGCUGCUCAAUUGGCAGUCCGGCACAUCAAUCGGAGGGGACUGCUGCUCGGAUACACACUGAAGCUGCUGACGAAUGAUACAAAGUGUGAUCCGGGAGUCGGAAUCGAUCGAUUUUUCCACGCCCUGUACACCCAUCAAGACAAGCGCAUCAUGAUGGUGCUCGGGUCAGCGUGCUCCGAAGUCACCGAAAGUUUGGCCAAAGUCGUUCCGUACUGGAACAUUGUGCAGGUAUCUUUCGGUUCGACAUCACCAGCACUAAGCGAUCGCCGAGAGUUUCCAUUGUUCUACCGAACGGUAGCACCAGAUUCAUCGCACAACCCGGCCCGGAUCGCAUUCAUCAAGCACUUCGCGUGGGAUACGGUGGCCACCUUUUCGGAGAACGAGGAAGGCCAUUCGUUGGCUGUGAACGAUCUGGUCACUGAUCUCGAACUGGCGAACAUCACUUGUGCGGCUACGGUUUCGUUCGCGGAAACCGACUUCAAGGAGCAGCUCAAACUGCUAAGGGAUAAGGACAUCCGGGUGAUCAUCGGAAGUUUCUCGCACGAAAUCGCACCGAUGGUUUUCUGUGAGGCCUAUCAUCUGGGGAUGUUUGGAUCGGAAUACGCGUGGAUUCUGCAGGAUACACACAUCUCGUUUUGGUGGCUUGAACAGAACAGCGCUUGUCCGCUGCCGAUACUGCUGAAGGCCGUCGAAAAUGUUCUGCUCGUGUCCAGCUACAACAGCAUCGUUGGAAUGGGAACAGCUUUGAGUGGUUUGACGAACGACAUCUUCCUACGGAAAUUGGCGGAGAUGAACGUAACCGAACCGGUAUCGCAAUUCGCUCCACAGACCUACGAUGCGGUAUGGGCGAUCGCACUUGCCCUGCGUGGAGCAGAACGAACUUGGACUCAGGUGGCCCAUAAGAACCGUACUCGACUUGCACACUACGACUACACGCGGUUCGACAUGGCCAAGGAACUUCUUAGCCAGUUUGACAACCUCAAGUUCAACGGAAUCUCCGGACCGGUUUCGUUCGAUGGAGCCGAUCGUGUUGGAACCACUUCAUUCCAUCAGAUCCAAAGCGGACGUCUUCAGCUGAUAGCGUUCUUCUAUCCUAAGAACAAUUCGUUGGAUUUCGGUUGUCCGAAGUGUGGAUCGGUCCAGUGGGAAUCCGGUCAGGUGCCGAUCGCGAAACGCAGUCUGCGACUACGAGUCGACACCAUUUCUCCGUUUGCUUUCUACAUGGUAGUUGUGCUGUCCGUUGUUGGAAUUGGGAUAUCUCUAUUAUUUCUCGGACUGAAUCUACACUUUAGAAAACUCAAAGCUAUCAAGCUGUCCAGCCCUAAGCUGAGCACCAUAACAGUCACCGGUUGCAUAUUGGUGUACAUGGCCACCAUCCUACUGGGUCUCGAUCACUCUACGCUACCGUGGUCAUCGGUGACUUUUUCGUCGAUUUGCAUGGCCAGAAUCUACUUCCUUUCGGCGGGAUUCUCUCUCGCUUUCGGUUCCAUGUUUGCGAAGACAUUCCGCGUUUACAGACUGUUCACGCACAGCGCUGGAGGACUCUGCAAAGAUAAGAUCCUAAGGGAUACCCAGCUGAUCUCGGUGAUCGGUGCACUGCUGCUGUUGGAUGCCUGUGUGGUGUCAUUCUGGAUGGCUGCGGAUCCAAUGGAGCGACAUCUACAUAACCUAACGUUGGAAAUAAGCUCCACCGACAGGACCGUAGUUUUUCUGCCACAGGUCGAGUUGUGUCGAUCGAGGCACUACGAGAGUUGGCUGGGAACAUUAUACGCUUACAAAGGUGUCCUCUUGAUCGUGGGCGUUUACAUGGCUUGGCAGACACGCAAUGUGAAGAUCCCUGCCUUGAACGAUUCGCAGUACAUAGGAAUUUCGGUGUACAGCGUUGUGAUCACCAGCGCUAGCGUCGUUGUUCUAGCCAAUUUGCUGUACGAACGAGUAACUUUGGCAUUUGUGAUCACGGCAGGGUUCAUCUUGAUCUCGACAACGGCAACGCUCUGUUUACUAUUUCUUCCGAAGUUGAAAGAUAUCUUCGAUAAGGGCGAAGUCUAUGACCCAGUUAUCCACAGCAUGGGACUCAAAGUGGAGUGCAACACACGGAGAUUUGUGGUAGACGACCGAAGAGAGCUGCAGUUCCGAGUAGAGGUUCAAAAUCGAGUGUACAGGAAAGAAAUCGAGAUGUUAGACGCGGAAAUUCUCCGUUUAGAAAAGCUCCUCAGUGAAAAGUCCUCCAGGUCGUCGUCGAGAUCAUCUGACCCGAACGUAAAACCUCUGGAUCUACCAGACCCUAGUGCCACUGGUGGCUUACCGUUGCUGCUACUUUCCGUUCUGCCGCCGAUCAUUCCACGAGCGAGUUGGCCUUCCGUCGAUCCUAUGCUAUCACCGAUGAAGCGUAACGUGACCUUCAGUUCACAACCGCGUAUCGAACUAAGUCGCGAUCGAAUGGGUUUAUCCGGAUUUCGAUCGUCCAGUGUGGAGGAAAGUGGAGGUGGAGUACUGAACCGAAUCUGGAAUCUAUUCGGAGCGCGAAUGCACAAAACAACGUCCGUAUCAACGUUGGGAGGUUUAAAUUUAUCAAACGUCAUGCCUUCAAAACUCACGAUUUUCGCGGAAGUCGACGCAGAAGACGAAGUAUCAUCGUUGAGCGAUCGUGGGAGAUCUGAGGUUUUUACAAUCAACAAAUCCUCCAUCGAGGAUCUACGUUUAACAGGAUCCGAACCAAAAGUGAACUUUAUGUUACCACCUGUGGCAGCAAAUAGGCGAUCUUCUCUAGCUCCGACUCUUCGAGAGAGGAUCAAGGGCUCGCCCCGAUUCCCCCACAGGGUUUGUCCAACCAGCAGUAUGACGGAACUGGCGGGUGAACGACAGAAGAUCAGCUUUCUGACGGUGAAAAGCUGCGAGGUACUGCAGAGAAACAAUCAUGAUCCUAAAACGAAAUGGAAAUCGAUGGACUCGUUUUCAGAAAAUACAGGGCAAUGCUGAGAUUGAGCGGUAGCCAAUCACGACCAAUCAUACGUAAAUGUUUCGAUUAGAUGAUAGAUGAUUGUAACUGAGUGCUGUGUUCGUUAGAAAGCAAUUGAAUAAAAUUGAAGCAAUAUUA